AUGGAGCGGCCGUACCAGGGCGGCAGCGCGGCGGCGUGCGUGGAGGAAGGCGGCAGGAAAGGCGAGACCUUUGACGACGCCGCCGCGGAGAACCUCCUGGCGAAGCUUCGUCUGAAAUUCCGGUCGGGCGAGACGCGGAACUUGGCGUGGCGCGAGCAGCAGCUGCGCAAUCUGGUGCGCAUGGCGGAGGAGCACGAGGACGACAUGAUGGCGGCGCUCAACGCCGACCUGGGCCGCGGCCGCAUGGAGGCCCUUAUUGAGGUCCCCCCCCGGUAG